AUGUCUGUGGCAAGCAUGCGCGUCAAUGCACAGAAUGUCAAAAAAUGGACUGCCCUCAUGGGCGCUUCAGCAUUUGGUUACAGCUCCAUUGUGGAUAUCAUCCUUCAUUUCCCAGAUGUGGAUAUAAAUAUCCAGAAUGAAGAUGGGGACACAGCACUUUCAUGGGCACUAUAUAUGGGACAUAUUGAUGUGGCUGCCCGUCUUUUGACUGUCCCGGGAAUCCAUGUCAAUACACAGGGUAUCAUUGGAUGGACUGCCCUCAUGUGUGCUUCAUAUAAUGGUUACUGCUCUACUGUGGAUGGGGCACCAGGAAAUCAGCGUGGUUACCCCGCGUGCGACCUAUUUUUGCGUGCCACGCAUAAAUGCGAAUCGGUCCAGGUUUAG